AUGUGUGAACCACAAGAGCGAGAUUCUGAGAUUGUAAGAAAUUCCCUUUUCGGAGCAACUAUAAAUCUCAAUACUCUGAUUGAGAUUAUCUGCACUCGUUCUUCUUCGCAACAGCAGUGUAUUAAGGAGGCCUACAAGUCAAGAUACAAAUCUGACAUUGAACAAGACAUCUCAAUGAGAAUUAAUGGUGGAUUCAAAGAGAUAUUGUUAGCAGUUAUAAAAUCGUGUCGUAACUGUGGUGGCAAAGUGGACAUGAGCAGGGCCAUGUGUGACGCCAAAACUCUGUACGAAGCAAUUUCUAGUGGGAAAAUGGUGGAUCAAAAAGCCAUUAUCUCACUUUUCAGCCAGAGAAACACCAGCCAAGUUAGGGCCAUUCUAGCCUCCUACAAAAAGCUCUAUGGCAAUGAAUUCUCCAAGUCACUUAAGCAGAGCAAAUGUGGGCAAUUCGGAAAAGAACUGCGCAUUGUGGUUCGUUGCGCGCAGAACCCGGAGAAGUUCUUCGCUAAGCAACUGCGGAUGAAGAAUGCCGAUUCUAGAGAAAUUUUGAUCCGAAUCAUCGUCACUAGAUCUGAAAUAGACAUCAAGGAGAUAAACAAGGUCUUUGCCGCCAAAACUGGUAGCUCCGUUGAGAAUCUUGUCAAGAGGGAAUUUAACAACAAUAAGAAUAGUUCCAAUGACAUGGUUAAUCGCGUCUUAAUUAGGCUAAUCAAGGGUGUUUAA